AGAGUCGCACUCCAGGGGUUGGGGGGUUGUGGGUAUGUAUUUGGUGCUCCCUUGUACUUGUAGAAAUUUUGCUAAUAUCACUUAGAAAAACCCAGAUUGCUCUAGAAUACAUUCGCCAGCGUUCCAGUGAAGGACAUUGUAAUGUUUUUUGGGUGCAGGGAAGUGGGAUAUUGAAGUUUACGGUGGGUUUCAAGGCUAUUGCACAGCAUGUUCGAAUCCCCCAAGCGGGGACUGAGAAGGACGAAGUGGAGUUGCUCCGGCGUACAAGGACAUGGCUCGAAGGUCGCGAUAGUGGCGACUGGAUCCUAGUCAUUGACAAUGCCGACAAUGAAGCCGACUUUAUUGGAAACAAUAGCCCCAUUUCCAAGUUUGUACCACAAGGGCGUGAAGGGACUGUAAUAUUCACGACUAGAUCUCGGCAGGUGGCGAUUCGACAGGGCUGUAAGAUUAUCAAGGUUGGGGAGAUGGAGCCGGAAGAGGCCCUUAGGUUGUUUUCAAAGCGGUUUGAUAGCUGGCAGAGCUUGGGAGGUGAAGAGAGGAGGACGGUUUCAACGAUCCUAGACUCGAUGGGUCACGUACCGCUGGCUGUCGUUGGCUCAGCAGCUUUUAUGGCUGAGAAUGAGACAUCACCCUCUGUUUACUGGCCAAUCUUCCAGGAGAAUGAUAAGCGAGCAAAAGAACUGCUUUCUGAGCAGUUUUCCGAGAUCCAACGCGAGGCCGACAUGACCGAAAGUAUCCUGGGUACCUACUUUAUCACUUUUGACAGAAUUACCGAACAAAUGCCCCUGAUGGUAAAGCUUCUGGGGCUGCUUGCGUCCAUCGAUCGGCAGAACAUACCCAAGGAACUACUCACUCAUUCUGGACUGGAGGGUAUGGAUGAUUCGCUUAAAUUUUGUCGGGCGAUUGGGAAACUAUUGAGGUUCUCACUGGUUACAGAAUCCAAACUUGAAGGCACAACAUUUUAUGAGCUUCACCGUCUAGUCCAGCUCUCUAUCCAGACAUAUCUAUCGAUAGAACAGAACAACCAAGGGAGGACUGUGGGACUGCGGGCUGUCUCAAGGCUGUUCCCUAAGUAUGAGUACAAGCGGCGGAAUAUUUGUACAGCUUACAUGUCUCAUGCGCUGGUAUUAACUAAGGAAUCAACGGAUACAAUUUGUGAAGACCUUUU